GCGGUCAGCUGAUGCCGCCGCCGCCACGGCCGCCGCCAUUUUGUCUGGGAGUGUAAAUGUGAAAGGGAAAGCCGAGCGCAGCCUGCGGGAGGAGGCAGAGCUGAGCGGGGCCGGGAGCUGAGGGCUCGCCGCUGCACCGCAGAGCUGCGGGAAGAGCUCCCUUAGCGGCGGUCGAGAGAACCCGGCGAGGCGGAGCCCGGAGAGGACUCACCCGGUGGCUCUCGCCGGCGUCGCAUCGGGAGGAGUUGCCGGCGUCUUUUCUCCGGGCAAGCUACGCUGGUCCCCCGGCCGCGGGGGAGUUGCUGCCCCGACCUUGCUCGCCGCGGCGGGUCCGCGGGGUGAGCCGCUGCCAGGGCCGCGCUGAUGAUGUCGGGGCAGUCGAUCACCGACCGCAUCACGGCGGCGCAGCACAGCGUCACCGGCUCGGCCGUCGCCAAAGCUGUCUGCAAGGCGACGACCCACGAGGUGAUGGGCCCCAAAAAGAAGCACCUAGACUAUCUCAUACAGUGCACAAAUGAAAUGAAUGUGAAUAUUCCACAGCUGGCAGACACACUCUUUGAGAGAACUGCGAACAGUAGCUGGGUUGUAGUCUUCAAAGCUCUAAUUACAACACACCACCUCAUGAUGUAUGGAAACGAGCGCUUUAUCCAGUAUCUUGCAUCCCGAAACACUCUGUUCAAUUUAAAUAACUACCUGGACAAAAGUGCCAUGCAAGGCUAUGAUAUGUCUACCUUCAUUAGGAGAUACAGUAGAUACUUGAAUGAAAAAGCACUUUCAUAUAGACUUGUAGCAGUUGACUUCACCAAAAUGAAAAGAGGGAUAGAUGGAGUGAUGAGAACCAUGAAUGCUGAAAAGCUGCUGAAAACCCUCCCAAUCAUACAGAACCAGCUUGAUGCACUCCUUGAUUUUGAUGCAAAUCCAAAUGAACUAACAAAUGGUGUUAUAAAUGCUGCCUUCAUGCUCCUCUUUAAGGAUUCCAUUAGACUUUUUGCAGCAUACAAUGAGGGGAUUAUUAAUCUUUUAGAAAGAUAUUUUGAUAUGAAGAAGAACCAGUGCAAAGAAGGCUUGGAUAUUUACAAAAAAUUUCUAGCCAGAAUGACCAAAUUGUCAGAAUUUCUCAAAGUAGCAGAGCAAGUUGGAAUUGAUCAGGGUGACAUUCCAGAUCUUACUCAGGCACCUAGCAGCUUGCUUGAAGCACUGGAACAGCAUUUGGCUUCUGUGGAGGGAAAGAAAACAAAAGAAGUCUCUGCUGCCAGCAGAGCUAGUGCCCUAUCAAGUGCUGUUUCCACACUUGCCAAUACAGGAAUGUCAUUUAGCAGGAUGGAUGAAAAAGAAAAGCAGCAGGCAUUGGAGGAGGAGCAAGCUAGACUGCAGGCACUUAAGGAGCAGCGAUUAAGAGAGAUUUCUGUAGUAUCAAAUUCCACUUCCACAUCAGCAUCCCCAAGCACCUUGUCAGGAAAAAGUGUGAAUACCACUGUAGCUGUUGACCUCUUUGCAGUACCAGCACCCACAACGAAUAGCAUGCCCAACCUUUCUAGUGAUCUCUUUGAUCUUCAGCCUACAUUUGUUCCAACUGUUCAGAGUACUCCAGCUAUAUCAACAUCAGCAAGCAGUGCUUGGGGAGGUCCUUUCUCGUCCUCAAAUGGUUGUGUUGGUUCUCCACCUCAUCUGGACAUCUUUGACAUGAAGCCAGUUGAAGAAGCUGUAAAAUCUACCACCCCUUUCAUCAAUUCUACUUUUUCCUCCAAACAAACGGUGGAGCUGUUUAGUGAUGACUUUAGUGGUCAUAAACCUACAUAUGCUUCUGUGUAUCAUCCUGUGACUCUUGAUGGUUUUCCUCUUCAUUCAGCCCCUCCAAGUACCACCUCUUCAACAAUUAAUGUGGACUUCGAUGCUGUUUUUGGAGGAAAGUCUACAGCACCAGAGUACAGGGCUACAAACGAUGAUGUAUUGCAACCCACGGUACCGCUACAGAGUCAAAGAGCUGCUUCAGUCAACCAACAGAGUGGAAAAAUUUUGGCAGAUGACCUUGAUUCUUCACUUGCUAAUCUGGUAGGAAAUCUUGGCUUUGGAGGAACUCCAUCCAAAAAAUCAGAUAUGCAGUGGACCCAGCCUGCAGAGAAAAAACUUACUGGUGGAACAAACUGGCAAGCAAAAACAAGCACAUCGACCACGUGGAGCCCCACUCCCUUACCUACUAUCCCACACAGGAAUGGAGUGCACUAUCCUGCAUAUGUACCUGCUCCUAUUACAUACCCGUUGACUACACCUCAAGUGCCUGUUUAUGGAAUGGUACCUCCUCAGGUUGGAACUGCUCCUUUGAUGGCACCUCAGUCAAUGAUGUAUACACAGCCUGGUCUAAGGCCAACAAAUCCUUUUGCACCUGUUUCUGAAACUCAGAUUCAGUUUCUGUAGAGCCACCAAAGCAGCAAGAUGUGAGAACAACCAAAUACCGGUCAAAAAAAAAAAGACUGAAAUCCAAUCUUUCCAUGAUGUAUUCCUGAACAGGGCAACUCCUUCCCUGUAUAAUACAAUGUUAUUUUUAAUGGCAAUGCUUUAGAGAUUCUUGUUUAUAACAGUCACUGCAGUGUGAAGUCAUGUUUUCUCACUGACUUAGUUUGGGGUUUUUAACUAUUCGACAGGAAACUAAUGUACUGAGCUUGACUCAGAGUGCAAGCUGGAUUAUCAUCUUCAAAGCUGAGAAGAGGGGUUACAUGAUUGCUGUACAACCUUAUUCAUCAGUGGAUACCUUAGGAUUUUAACUGAGGAUGUCAAAGCUAUUUAUUUUCUCCAUAAAUUCUGUGGCUGUUGUAACCAAGACACAAAACAAAUGAAGUUGAGCAAUAAAAUUUUUAUGUGCUCUAAUAAAUAGUCUGAUAGAGCAAUGCUUGCUAUUAUAAGGCCAAUAUGGUGUGAAAUCAGACAGCUUUUUCACAUUAGAUUAGCUUUUAGUAAUUUGCAGUCUUUAUAAUGUGAGUUUCAAAUGCUGUGAAUCAAGAAGAUAUAUACAUAUUGUGCAUAUAUGUGUAUAGUAAAAAUAAUAAAUUGCUCCAUUGGUAUGUCAGUGUUAUGUGGCUGGUUGAAAGAGCCAGGCUCUGACGGGGACUGAAAGUCUGUGCUGGAGUAGGGGUAGCGUGUUACAGAACAGCAUGUGCAGCCUUCAGCAAGUGACAGUAACUGCACUUCCAUCCAGUCUCUUCUUUGCAGGCAGCAUCUUUCCUAGCUCAAGGAGGAACAGCUUUCAGAGCCAGUCAACAUCAGUAUCCCCAGCAGCAGCAAAUGGGCAAUUUUCAGAAUCUUGUUGCUGACUAAAAGGCAAGAGAACUUUUUGUUUGGUUGGUUUUGUUGAAGUCCAUUAGGUCAAAAGAAGCAAACCUUGCCAUAGCACUGGCACUUCUGAACUAGCAACUACACUGGGGUUAUCCAGCUGUAGAGAAUAGCCUGUGUUGCUGCUCUGAGGUAAGAGCUGGGUUGUAAACCAUAUAAAAGGUAUUAUUUUUAAGUGUGUAAAUAUGUGCAGACUUUCAGAUAAUCUUUUUUUUUAAUGCUACAGUAAUCUUUCUUCUGUAGUAAUUUCAAAGUAGAAAUGCUAUGUUGAGAAAUAUGGACUCUUUGAGAGGAAACUUUUGAAUCAACUAAUUUAUGAAAUAGGCUAUUCAUGAUGGGUCAGAUGUGUACUGACUUCUGGCACGGUUUUUUGUAUUUAACAUUCUUCCUCUAGAGCUGAAAUUGGCUGUGAAAAUGCCUUAUCUUGUAUUAUUCAAUGUCUGAUAAAAAAGUUAUAGCAUUUAAAAAAAACCCAAACUGUUGACAUCAAGUAAAUGAAUUUAGGAGCAACCUUUCUUCUAGAACUGUUGUGGCAGAAUACAAUGAAAAGGUCUCCUGUAAAAUUACUUAUACUAAUGACUAGUGUUAAAGUUGAGUUUUUGAGAAAUGCAGUGAUUUUCUAUUGUCACAAUAGACAUCCAGAACAGCAUGUCUUUUAUCUUCUGGGGGUCUAUAAUUGCAGAAAUGUCUCUGACCCUUGCUAAAAAUGCAUAUAGGCCUGAGAAUCUUGUCAAACUGUCCUGCAGAGAACUUCCAAAACACAGCACUUUCCUCACAAUGGGAACAAGCCUUUGAAGUGCUUAAUUCUGUCCAAAGAGUACUGAAGUUGUAUUUCUUAACCCUAUGGAAAUACCUUUUUUUUUUUUUGCCAAGUGAAACAACUCAAUCCCCCCCCCCCCCCCCCCAACUAAAAACCACCCCUUGGAAUCUGUAAUCACUAACUUCAUUGCAGAAAUUUAAAACAGCAUUUCCAAAUGUGUAUUGAUUUGAUUUGUUUUUUAAAGAAUUUGAACUGACAUUCAUCUAUUUCAUGUUCACAUUUUAAUUACAAAGGGCUUCAAGCUUUAAUCCACCUUUAUUGGGUUGAACAAUUGUACAGUUUUAAGCCAGUGAGUUCUUCAGUGCCUAUAGUUCCCCUCCACCUGAUGAGGGAAUAGAUGCCAUUUUAGAGUGGGUCGUUGUGUUGAGGAGACUGUUGAUUUCAGAAACCAUGGAUUCCAUUAAUUUACUCAGCAUUGAUAAGUCUCAAGUUCAAAUUAGACCAGUACCUGUAGUAGUAACUGUCUGGGCAUUAAUGACAGAGUGCUAGAGUCAGGCAGCUUCUAGCACUGUAAGCUGUUAGGUCUCUUUCUCAUACUGAUUUGUGUAAGUAACAAGCAGCUAAUCUUAAUAAAAUAUGCAAAUAAAUGCCUGGCAAACAGUAUGUAUUUGUUAUACCUUCAUUGCAGAGCAUUCCGAAUACCUGGAAUGUACUUGGCUCAGAAGUGGAUUUAGUACUAGGUAUAGUUUGCACUAUUUAUGACUUGCUGUGGAUUUUUUUUAAGUUUUUGGUAGGCUUUCUUGUAGCAAAGCUGUCUGAUAGCAAUUUAUAUACUAUCAAAAAAGGAGAAACAGCCACAAAGUACAUCCUAAAACUUUAUAAACUGUGUUCUUUUUAGUCUUGUUCCUAAUGUUUGAUACAUAAAAACACAGCUGUCAAGAGUUACCCUUAUGAGAAGAUUGCUUUACACACUUCUCUCCGCACAAAGUGCGCAGGAGCACUUUUUGCCAACCCCUUCCUUGUGUGUUUACUGGAAUACCUAAAAUGGCAGAGUUCUAAGUGUGUUAAAUAACAUUGUUCAUACAAUAGAAGUGAAAAGCAAGGCCUUCAGGAUGCUGUUAAGGCUUUUAUUGCUGAGACCUUAUUCUCCAAAAACCACUUUGGAGACAAAGGUUGUUCUUGAGGGUAACUGCAAUAGCCUGCAACAGUUGCAAAUGGUAAUUGUGACAAGUAAAACACUGAAGAGAGAUGUAUAUAAGUGUGACUUGCCCUUUUGUUUCCUUCCAACUUACUUGCUCAGAAUCCUGUUCUGAAAAUGCCAGAAAGCAAGUAACUCCUUGUUUGUCCAGACAGGAGGAGGACUUGAAGUAUGCUGUGCAUUUUGCAUUGUUGUGUUUCAGAGGGUCAUUCAAGCCUAACUGUUGGGACUUUGUGCUGCUGCAGGGAGGCUGUCUAUCAUGGGACGUACUGUAUCAGAACUUUGGGGGGCAUGUGGAAAGGUCAAUCACGUUAGGCCUGUUGGACUUGAACGUGUACCUCUUUUUAAACAGCUGGGGUUUUCUAAUGUUCUUUAGAUACAGUUUGAAUGACCUUGUUUUUUAUUUUGGAGAUGUACUAGAGAAAUCUCAGUUCUGUGCAUAUAGUGGUGGAAUACUUGUAGGUAAAAACUUUAAAAAGCUAAAUGCAACCAAGGCCCAACAAAACCUCUGACUAUGUGCUUGAAUACAGGGUGUUUCCCCAUCUGGGUUUUUGGAUGUGUGGCAGGGCGGGUGGGGUUACAUUAGAGUAGUACGCACUGUGGAUCGGUGCUGAAUUUGUACAUAAAAAGGAAAACUUCUGUUUUGGGUAGUUUGUAUUGUAAGGACAACAUCUAAAGGCACUGUGUAUCAGUCAUUUAUUUCCAUUAAAAAAGACUAUAUUUUUGAGCAAUGGAAACUGUACAUGUUAUCAUUUAUACAUUAUGGAUAGCUAGGACUAGAGAAACCCUGUUGCUAUUACUCCGAAGCUGUACCUGACUUGUCAUUGAUAUACUGCAUCACUACUUUGUGCAGAUCCUCAUGAUCAUUUACUUAAGGAGAUUGUAGUAAUUGGUAGAGUUACAACAGGAAUUGUAACAUCAGAUCAUUAAGUCUAUUUCAAAUGUGUAUCAUUGUGAUUAAGUUUAAUUUCUUACCAAAUGUUUGGCUGGAAUUUCAUCUUGGAGCAAUGACAAAAUAGGUGCUGGAACAGAUUUGCCUCACCCCCACCCACACUUUAUUUAUUUAAUAGGUCUUGUUUUGUAUGUUAUGUGGUUUUUCCUCCCCCAUAACAGGUUUGUGCCUUUUAUUGGAUAUUUAUUUAAAAGAAGCUACUACAAUUUAGGUUGUUCAGGCUUUUUUUCAGAUGUAUUCUUGUAUAGCUGUUCCUUUGUAUGAGUUCCUUCAUUUUAUAAGAAUACAGAAUGUGUGGAAAAUACACUGUCCACAAACUGGAAAAUUUUGAGGGUUUCUGUUCUAUGAAUUAAUAAUUUUUUAAAAAGAAGCCUAAGCACAAGACUGGCUGUGUUGAUAUUUUAAUUGUGGAACUUUGCGAUUUGUUAAUACACAAACUGUUUGUUUUUUUAAGAACUGCUCAUAUCCAAUUAUUUGAUUAAACAAGUUUUGGAUAAAAAUAAACUUUGGCACAUGCAA